UGCGAGGGGGGGAGGGGAGGCAGGCAGCGCGCACUCGCGCGUGCGUGAGCUGGCGCGCGAGAAAGCGCCCGGUCGCGCCGAGGCUCGAGCGGCCGUCGCCAUUUUGUAGGGUUCUCUCUGACGCGGGACCCGCCGCCACCGCCGGCACCACCCGGAGGCUCUUGUCAGGAUGGUGAAGCUGUUCAUCGGAAAUCUGCCCCGGGAGGCCACAGAGCAGGAGAUCCGCUCACUCUUCGAGCAGUACGGGAAGGUGCUGGAAUGUGACAUCAUUAAGAACUAUGGCUUUGUGCACAUAGAGGACAAGACGGCCGCUGAGGAUGCCAUACGCAACCUGCACCACUACAAGCUGCACGGAGUGAACAUCAAUGUGGAAGCCAGCAAGAAUAAGAGCAAAGCUUCAACCAAGUUACAUGUGGGCAACAUCAGUCCCACUUGUACCAACCAAGAGCUUCGGGCCAAGUUUGAGGAGUAUGGCCCAGUCAUCGAAUGUGACAUCGUGAAAGAUUAUGCCUUUGUACACAUGGAGCGGGCAGAGGAUGCAGUGGAGGCCAUCAGGGGCCUUGACAACACAGAGUUUCAAGGCAAACGGAUGCACGUGCAGUUGUCAACUAGCCGACUUCGGACUGCCCCUGGGAUGGGAGACCAGAGUGGUUGCUAUCGGUGUGGCAAAGAAGGACACUGGUCCAAAGAGUGCCCAGUAGACCGCACAGGGCGUGUGGCAGACUUUACUGAGCAGUACAAUGAACAGUAUGGAGCAGUGCGCACGCCCUAUACUAUGGGUUAUGGGGAAUCCAUGUAUUACAACGAUGCCUAUGGAGCACUUGACUACUAUAAGCGCUAUCGAGUCCGAUCUUACGAAGCUGUGCAGCAGCAGCUGCAGCUUCCGCAUACAAUUAUGCAGAGCAGACCAUGCCUCAUCUUCCUCAAGUUCAGAGCUCAGCUGUACCGAGUCACCUCAACUCAACUUCUGUUGAUCCCUAUGACAGACACCUAUUGCAAAACUCUGGCUCUGCUGCCACCUCAGCUGCAAUGGCUGCCGCUGCCUCCUCUUCCUCCUAUUAUGGAAGGGACAGGAGCCCACUACGUCGGAAUGCAGCUGUGCUCCCCACAGUUGGAGAGGGCUACGGUUAUGGGCCAGAGAGCGAGAUGUCUCAGGCUUCAGCAGCAACACGGAAUUCUCUGUAUGACAUGGCCCGGUAUGAUCGGGAGCAGUAUGUGGACCGAGCACGGUACUCAGCCUUUUAAAAACUGGAGGUAGGAUAAUUGCGGACUGAACCCUCGGGCUGCGGUCAUAUAUGAGAACUUGGUCCUCGCGGUUCCCUUUGCCGGGAUGUUUCCAUUGCUUCAUGUUUCAGUAAACAAAGGAAUUUGUGACCAACUAUGUUUUCUUUCUUAAUUUAAUUCUUCUAAGUUGACUUUUCUUUUCCUCGAUGCUAGUUGUCUGUAGCCUUUAUUGUUCCUUAUAUUCUCAGCCUCUGAGCAGCCCUAGGUAAGGACUAUGCUGGCACCCCUUUAUCCUGUACAGUGGAGCCCCUCAAUCUUGCUUUCCUUUGGAGUUAAGCCCUUCCUUCUCCUUUCCCUUUAAAACAACCAUGUAGUGGCAAGCAGCCUUUACUCUUCUGUUAGUUCUGGACUCUUACCAUUGAAGUUAGUCUUCUGAAGUUGCUAGGACCAUUGGGGUUUUGUUAUUUUGUUUUGUUUCUUUGUUUUGUCUGACCUGUGAUCGUGGCACAGCAUUAGCUGAAAUUUAACCUUGUUUUAUUCCACUCCUCCCACCUUUUUUUUUUUGGACAAAUAAAUGUUUCUAACACUUAAUCUUUU